AUGAAAGCAAUGAGUGGUAAAAUAGCUGGUGAAAGUGAUAACAAUUUAUCUAGUGCAUUGCACAGUUUCUCUGAUCUUCAUGUCCGUUUUUCAUCAAAUAACGACGAAGAAUUUGCAUUACUUUCUGAUAAUGGUAAUAAAAAAGUUAAAAAAUUGACAAAGCGUAAAUCAAUUUUAAAAUCUGAACUUGAGCGACAAGAAUCAGUAACAAGUCGAAAAAUUGAUCAAUUUCAAGCAGCACGAAAUGGAAAUUUAGAACAUUUAAAAGCUUUAUUUAAAGACAAUAUGUCAAAUUUAAAAAUAUUUUUUAGUCGGCGUGAUCCGGAAACGAAAUUAACAGCAUUACAUUAUGCUGCACGUUUUCAUCAUUUAAAUAUAUGUCAAUUUCUUAUUGAACAAUGUCAUGUUGAAAUUAAUAAAGCAGGUGAAGAUGGUAUGACACCACUUCAUUAUAUUGCUCGAUUUCGAGUUGAAAAAGAUAGUCAAGCUGAUAUCUAUGAAAAAAUUGUUCGAUAUUUAAUUCAUGCUCGUGCUGAUAUAAAUGCACGAGAUGAUUUUCUUGCUACACCUUUACAUCAUGCAUGUGAACGUAAUAAUGUCUUAUGUGCAAAAAUACUUCUAUCAGCAAAUGCUAACAUUGAAGCAAAGGAUCGUCAAGGAAUGCAGCCAUUACAUGGUGCUUGUUUUUAUGGUAGUGCUGAUACUGCACGUGUAUUAAUUGAACAUGGUGCUGAUGUAUUAGCAGCUGAUCAAACAGGUGCAAUUCCAUUUGCACAUGCUUGUAAAAAUUCUCAUUAUAAUAUUUUCGAAAUGUUUUUUACAAUAUUUAAUGAACAUGAAAACUUCGAUGAUGUUAUUAAAGCCGUUGAUACCGAAAAGAAUACACUUUUACAUUUGGCUGUUAUAUCAGCUAAUUUUCCAAUAGUUGAAUUACUUCUUUCAAAAAAUGCUGAGCUAUCAGCUAAACGUGAAGAUGGGCAAACUCCGAUACAUUUAUGUGCAAAAAAUGAUUCAGUUGAAAUCCUAGAAAAAUUAGUUGAUGCUGGAGGUAAUAUUAAUGAUGUUGAUAAUGAAAAUGAAACUAUUUUACAUAAAGCAGCUGCACAUAAUAAAGAAAAUGUUUUAGCAUAUGCAUUAUCAAAACAAAAAGAUACAGAUUUUAUUGUAAAAAAGCAUAAUAAAGGUGAAACAGCUCUACUUUUAGCUGCUAAAUUUGGUCAUGUAAGAUGUGUUAAACUUCUAUUAGAAGCUGGUGCUGAUAUGUUUAAUGAUCGUGAUAAAGUUGAACGGGGUCCUGUUUAUUUAGCAUCGAUGGGUAAUCAUAUUGAAACACUCCAAGUACUUUUAUAUCAUGCAAGUGAACACGUUGAUAAAGAUAAAGAACAAUUAGCUGUCAAUGAAAUCGAUCGAUAUAGUCGAACUGGUUUACAUGCAGCUGCUGACUCGGGUCAUGUUGAUAUUGUUAAAGAAUUAUUGAGAAAAGGUGCUUCGUUAACAAUGAAAGAUGAUGAUGAAUAUACAGCAUUAAUGUUAUGUUGUAAAAGAAAUCGUUUAGAUGUUUUAAAAGUUUUUAUUGAACAUAUUAAUGAUCAUUAUAAAACAGCUCGAGAUAGACUUAACAUAUUAGAAGAACGCGAUGAUGGAUCAAAUACAGCACUUCAUAUUGCUGCAUCGGAAGGUCAUUCCGCCAUUAUAAAACUUUUACUUGCACAAAAUUGCGAUUUACAAGCACGUAAUAUGAUAUCUUGGUUACCAAUACAUUGUGCUGCUGACCGCGGUCGAUAUAAUAGUGUUCUAACAUUAAUUGAAAAUCAUAGUCCUAUUGAUCCAGUUGAUAAAAAUCUACAGACACCUCUACAUUUAGCUUCACGUAGUGGACACCCUGAUAUAGUUAAAAUUUUAUUAAAGAAUGGUGCUGAAAUUGAUAAACGUACAACAAGUAAUGAUAAUUGUCUUGAUUUAGCUAUUGGUUCUAAUCAGAAUAGUGUUGCUGAAACGUUAGUUAAUAAUCCUAAAUGGGAAUUAAUUUUACGUAAUGCUCAUUAUGAUAAACAAACAGAUCGUUGGGAUACACCAUUAAGAAAAUUAAUACGACAAAUGCCUGAUGUUGCAUUAAUUGUAUUGAAUAAAUGUUGUACAGUACUUGGAACAAAUAAAGUUGACCAAACAUUAUCAACUAAGAAUGAUGAACAAGAAAAGAAAAAGAAAAAGAAAAAACAACGAAAACAAUUAACUGCAGAAGAUAUUCUUGAAUUAGAAGAACAAUUAAAUAAUAAAAAUGCUGAUACAAGUGGUUUAACAAAAGAUGAUACACAAUUUCAUAAAUUAACAUUUGUUUAUUCAUAUGAAUUUCUUGAUGAUCAAUUUCUUCUUACCUAUUGGGCAGAUAAAAAAAGUGAAAAAACUUUCGAACCAGAUGGUCGAUUAUAUCCAUAUAUGUUUACUGAACAACCAAAAGAUCGUAAAAAUAUACAAUUAGAUCAUCCUUUUACAUUAAUGGUUGAAUAUAAUCGUGAAUAUUUACUUGAUCAUCCUUUAGUACAUUCUCUACUUGAUUAUAAAUGGAAAUUAUAUGCACGUUAUGUAUAUUAUAUUAAUUUUUUAUUUUAUCUAUUAUUUGUUGCAUCAUUAACAACAUAUGUAUUUCUUACUUUUGCUCCCUAUCGUUUUAAUAUAACACAUGAUCAAAUGUCGGAAUUUUCAUGUUAUGAAUUAUGUUCCAUCGUAAAAACUAAUCAUACAGAAGAACUUGAAACUUUAAAACCACGUAUACAAGUCAUACAUGUAUUUAAAUGGCUUGUUAUUGUUUUGGCAUCAAUUCAAAUUGUUAAAGAAAUAUUUCAAAUGGCAUCUGAACUUUUAGAUUAUAUUAAUUUAGAAAAUGCCGUCGAAUUAUCAGCAUUUAUUCUUGCAAUUAUAUUUACAGUUGAUUUAAAUUCAUGUUCAAGAGAAAUUGGUUAUCGAUGUGUUGUACAAUGGCAAAUAGGUGCUUUAGGAGUAUUUUUAACAUGGUUUGCAUUAGUUUUAUUUAUACAAAAAUUUCCAAGAUUUGGAAUCUAUGUUGUUAUGUUAACAGAUAUUUUACAUACAUUUUCAAGAUUUUUUCUUGUUUUCUUCUUAUUUAUUAUUGGUUUUGCAUUAGCUUUUCAUAUGUUAUUACAAAAUCAUAAUCCAUUUCAACAUUUUGGAAAUAGUCUACUGAAAACUUGUGUUAUGAUGAUUGGAGAAUUUGAAUAUGAAGGAAUUUUUCAUGGUGAGGAUGCAAAUUAUUUUGUUGGUUUAGCUGUUGAUGAUAUUGCAAGUGUUAUGCGCGUAGCAACUGUUAAACGUUUAGAAAUGCGUGUUAAAUUAACACUUGAUGUUGAACGAAAACUACGAAAACAAAAUUUAUUUUCAUCUAUUCGUCGUUUUCGAGUAAUUGAUUAUCAAUCUAGUUAUUGGCAAGAUUUAUUAAAUAAAACAUUUCGUAUACAAAUAGACACACCAUUUCUUAAAAAUUUUACUCGCUUACAAGAUUAUGGUUUAAUACAAACCGGAGGUAAUCAAGAUUCAAAAACAACAUCAACAAAUAUACCAAAAAUUGAUGAUAAAGCAAAAUCAGCAGCAGCAGCAAUUGGUUCAAGUGGUGUUGGACUUUCAACAGAAUGGAUUACUACAAUGCAUACACAAAUAAAUACAAAAUAUCAUGAAUUUAAUCGACAUAUGACAGAUUUAAAAACUCAACAAGAAAAAAUCAAUAAUAUUUUACAACAAUUUCCAACAGCAUCAACAAGUCGACAUAGUUCACAUUUGACAUUUGCACCUACUACUGCUUAG